AUGUCAACAAACACAACACACACAGAUCCAAAGCAUUCACCCGGCGACGUUGGUUUUGUGUUAUUAUCAACAGCAUUAGUAUGGAUUAUGGUGCCUGGAGUAGGAUAUUUUUAUAGUGGAAUGGCUAGAAGUAAAAAUGCGUUAUCACUUAUAAUGUUAUGUAUAUUGUCAGUAGCUGUCGUCUCUUUUCAGUGGUGGCUAUUUGGAUAUAGUUUAGCUUUUAGUAAGAAUGCAAGUGGAUUCAUUGGAAAUUUAGAUAAUGCAUUCUUUAUAAAUGUGAAAGAUGAAGAUUCGAUAGUAAGUGACAAAAUACCGGAUUUGGUGUUUGCCACAUAUCAAUGCAUGUUUGCAGCAAUUACCCCAGCUUUAGCAAUAGGUUCGGGCGCUGAACGUGCACGACUCGUGCCAACAUUGAUUUUUAUCUUUAUUUGGACGACGCUUGUUUAUGAUGUCAUCGCUUGUUGGAUAUGGAAUCCAAAUGGAUGGUCAUAUAAAUUAGGUGGACUUGAUUUCGCAGGUGGAACCCCAGUGCAUGUUUCUUCUGGUGCUGCUGCUCUCGCUUAUUGUAUUCUUCUCGGUAAACGUCAUGGACACGGCACUGACGAAUUCAAGCCUCAUAAUGUUGCGCAUAUUUUACUUGGUACAACUUUACUAUGGUUUGGUUGGUUUGGAUUCAAUGGUGGCUCAGCGUUAAGUGGUAAUGUUCGUGCGGCGAUGGCGUAUACUGUAACAAAUAUUUCAGCAUCAGUUGGUGGUCUCACCUGGAUGUUACUGGAUUAUCGAUUGGAGCGUAAAUUCUCGGCAUUGAGUUUUUGUUCGGGCGCAGUUGCUGGAUUAGUGUCUAUUACACCGGGUUCGGGUUUCGUUGGAACGCCUGCCGCAGUUGCAUUCGGUUUCUUUGGCGGUAUAUUAUGCAAUUACGCUGUCAAAUUGAAACAUAUUUUUGAUUUUGAUGACGCGUUAGACGUCUUUGCUGUGCAUUGUGUUGGUGGUAUAACAGGAAACAUUUUGACCGGAAUCUUCGCUCAAAAAUCAAUCGCGUACUUAGAUAACGCGACAAAGAUCGACGGUGGCUGGUUAGACGGGAAUUGGAAACAAAUCGGAUUCCAACUAACAGAUUCGGUAGCCGGUUUCACGUAUUCAUUCAGUGUUACGUACAUAAUUUUAUACCUUAUGGAUAAAACGCCCGGACUAUCGAUACGUGCCGAUGUUGACUCUGAAGAAAGAGGUCUCGACGAGACAGAGAUGGGCGAACAAGCUUAUCAUGUUAAUACAAAAUUAGUUGCUGUCGAUUCAAAGACCAGCGAGCCGAAACAAUUUCAGCGAGAAGAAAUUGUAAGACAACAACAACUUUAUGCACCUACCAAUGAUAUUGAUUAUUAG